GUGGUGAUUAUAUAGAUGUGUUAGAAUGAUGUCUCAAUUAACCAGCUGUUGUUUUUAGCAUGGCCCUAUGAUUGGCUGAAGGAAGAUGGCAUGUGAUUAGCUUCAAAUUGGCAAGAACCCUUUUGAAAUUGGGCCCAUGUCUGACUCAGAUUUAAAGGGUUAAGUCCUGGGAGAAGGAGGUUAACUCUGCAUUGUCUUUAAUAUAUUUCGGAUGUCAGAGAAAAGAUUUAGAUUGUAUCCUAGGACCAUUUCCAACAGCUGCCAGCCAAAGAAGUAGAAACUCUCUGAUGAUGAAACCAGUUCAGACUAUAAACUACAAGCCUCCCAGCCUUGACCUGGCUGAUAGAGAUCAGAUGGUGACUGAAUAGAAGCUGCCCCAGUCCUGGGUCCAUGAUGUACGCACCAGUUGAGUUUUCAGAAGUUGAUUACCCACAAGUUGAAUAUCAAAGAAGACAACAAUUUUGGGAUCCUAUACGUCUAGCUCUUUUCACAUUGGCAAUUGUAGCAAUCAUAGGAAUUGCAAUUGGUAUCGUUACUCAUUUUGUUGUUGAGGAUGAUAAGUCAUUCUAUUACCUUGCCUCUUUUAAAGUAACAAAUAUAAAAUACAAAGAAAAUUAUGGAAUGAAAAGCUCAAGAGAGUUUAUAGAAAGGAGUCAUCAGAUUGAGAGAAUGAUGUCUAGGAUAUUUCGACAUUCUUCUGGAGGAGGUCGGUUUAUCAAAUCUCAUGUUAUCAGACUGAGUCCAGAUGAACAAGGUAUGAACAUCCUUAUGGUGCUUAUGUUUCGAUACCCAUCUACUGAUAGUGCUGAGCAAAUCAAGAAAAAAAUUGAGAGGAUUUUAUAUCAAAGUCUGAAGACAAAACAGUUGCCUCUGACUAUAAACAAAUCAUCAUUCACGCUCACAUCUAUCGACAGCAAAAAGAUGAGGAAUCUUCUCAACAGCCGCUGUGGAAUAAGGAUGACAUCUUCAAACAUGCCUUUACCAGCAUCCUCCUCUACUGAGAGGAUUGUCCAAGGGAGGGAAACAGCCAUGGAAGGCGAGUGGCCAUGGCAGGCCAGCCUCCAGCUCAUAGGUUCCGGCCAUCAGUGCGGAGCCACCCUCAUCAGUAACACGUGGCUGCUCACAGCAGCUCACUGCUUCCGCAAAAAUAAAGACCCAAGUCAAUGGAUUGCUACUUUUGGUACAACUAUUACACCACCUGCAGUACAACGAAGCCUGGGGAAAAUUAUCCUUCAUGAAAAUUACCAUAGGGAAACAAAUGAAAAUGACAUUGCCUUGGCUCAGCUUACCAACCGAGUUGAGUUUUCAAAUAUAGUCCAGAGAGUUUGCCUCCCAGAUUCAUCUAUAAAGUUGCCACCUAAAACAAGUGUAUUUGUCACAGGUUUUGGAUCCAUUGUAGAUGAUGGACCCACGCAAAACAAACUUCGGCAAGCCAGGGUGGAAACCAUAAGCACGGAUGUGUGUAACAGAAAGGAUGUGUAUGAUGGCCUGAUAACUUCAGGAAUGCUAUGUGCUGGAUUCAUGGAAGGAAAAGUAGAUGCGUGUAAGAACUGGAAACAAAAGACAGAGAAACCUCUCCUCUGAAGAUCACCUUAUUCAGCUCUGGCAUCAUAUCUCAUGUAUCUUACUUUCAUCUCCUGGCCUCCAAGUGUCUGUGUCCCUCCCACUAUUAAUGACAUUAACACCUGAAACAGGUUUCUUGUCCAUCCCAAGCCUGCAUUAUUAACACUGGCUCAUUUAAAUGCUGGAUUCUUAGUUCCUAGACCUCCUACUCCCAUUGAUCUCCACUUCUGAGCCACAUUUCUAGGGCCACAUUUUGAGCCUUUCAUCUCCAAGAACACUGAUUCCCCAAUCUUCCUAUUUAACUUCCUGCCUGCAUGUCAAGCUAUUCCUGCUCCCUUGGCCAUACCCUUUAUACUAUACCCUUGUCUACCCAUCCUCACUCCCCAACUUACACAGUCUACACAAAUGUACAUUAUGUCCCUUCUUUGUUUUAUCUUUGCCUUCACCUUCUAUUGCCAUCCAACAGACAAUUUAUUUAGAUGGUUUAUUGUCUGUCUCUCCCACUAAACUAGAAUAUAAACUUCAAGAAGCCACGGAUUUGGGGGGGGUCUGUUUAAUUCACUAUUGUAUUAACAACACCUAAAUCAGUGCCUGGCACAGAUAUUUGUUGGCCAAAUAAAAUACCACUUUUCUUCAACUUCAUAAAGACCUAUAGACCAUCGCUUCUUUGCUUUAUCACAUUCCAUUAAUCCUUUCUUCCAUUGUCCACUUGUCAAAUUUAGAUUUCACUAUUAAUAAUUUUUUGAACACUUUUGCUAAUAUCCUAAGUUCUCUUGUUGAUCUGUCUUUUCAGUGUUUCUGUCUGACAAAGUCCCAAAACCAGAAGAACUUCACAAUCUACUCUCUCUCUCUCUGCCUGCACCAAGGAUGUCAAAUUCUCCUGGAAAAAAUACAACACAACACAUUGGUUCCACUUUAGGUUCCAGAUAACAAAAGUGACAAUCCUACUAUUUUUUUUCCAAAUCUACCUUUCUCUGAACUUACUCAACAUUUUCCACUUUCCUUAACUUCUGGUUUUUUUCAACAUCUUUAUUUUCAACUGAUAAUUUUGCUUCCCAGUUUUCAAAGAAAAGUAGAAAUCGUAAGUGAAGAAUUGCCUCAUCUUCCAACACCAUGAAUGCAGACCUGCCUUCAUCUGAAUCCAUAGUUAACAUAGUUAACAUUUCUCUUAUACCUAGCUCCUUCUCUACUCAUAUCGCUCAAGUUAGGGGGGAAAAACCUCUAACUUUUUCUUGACUUAUAAUGCCUCCAGCUAGCACUGUAUCUUAUCUCUUUACCGUGAAAUAUUUGGGAAAAUGUCUAUAUCCAUUGUCUCAAUUUUCUCACCUCUCACUAACUCUUCAAACCAUUUCAGUAUGAUUUCUGCCCUUUCACUUCAAAAUAGCUCUUCCUGAGGUUUUCACUAACCCACCAAUGCCCUUCAGUAAAUGUAUUUUUGUCCUAUUCCUUUUUUUUCCCUCUUAGCACCAUUUAAUAAUGCCUACCACUCCCUCUUUCUUGUCUUCCUUGGCUUAUAAUGAUUUUCAACUUACACCUCUGUCUACUUCUUCUCUGUUUCCUUUUCAGGUUCAUUCUAUUAAUCUCAGCCAUUAAAUUUUGAUCUAUUCUAUGUCUGCUCCUCUUUUUACUCUAUACUUUCUCCCUAGAGGAUCUGAUUUUCCUCUUUAGCUUCAAAUGCCAUCCUUUGACAGAUGAUUCAUGAAUUUAUACAUUUAGCCCCAACCUCCCCUUUUAUCUCCAGAUUUAUAUGUUCAACUCCUACUUGACAACUCCCCUUGGAUAUUUCAAAGAUAUCUCAAAUUCAAAAUGUUGCACCUGAUUCUGUUCUUUUUCCCUCCCCACCUGAACCUCUUCCUUUAUUUUGUCUCUGUGAAUGGCAUCCCUUUUCACUCUAUUAAAGCAGAAAACUAGAAGACAUUCUAGCUUUCUUUCCCUCCCCCAUACCCAAAAGAUUACCUAAUCCCAUGGAUUUUACCUCCUUUUCCCUACUUUUUCCUCACACUCCCCGAUCUAAAGGAAUUAUUCAUCUAGCUCAUUUCCUUAUAUUCACACUUAUGCUCCUAUAGUCCAUUAGUCAAAUGAAAGCCAGGAUGAUUUACAAGAUGUUAAUCUGAUCUUGUAAGCCUCCUUCUUAAAACACUCCAGUGGUUUACCUUCAGUUUUAAGAUAGAAAAUAUAACUUCUAAGCAAGACCCUCAGGGUUUCUCCAGGACUAGUUUUCUUGACCUUUACAGACUCAUCACAGUCACUUGCCCCCUUGUUAUCUUCUCUUCAGUACUCCUUUUUAUCCACGCUGCCCCAGGCUUUUGCAUAUGCCAGGUUUCUUCAUGUCAUAGAGCAUUUGCAGUACUGUUCCCUUUGCCUAGAACAUGUUAUAUAGCCACCUCCCUUUUCAUAAAGGUUAAAUUCUUUAGAUAUCAGCUCAAUUACAUCUCAUCAAGGAAAACUUUCCUGACCUCCCUGACCAGUCCUAUUCCCCUAUGUAUGUUUCCAUAGCAUUUACCAUAGUAGUCACCUUGCAUUUAUUUGUGGGCUUGUUUAAUUUAAUUUGAGAGACAGAGACAGAACAUGAGUGGGGAGGGGCAGAGAGCAAGAGAGACACAGAAUCUGAGGCAGGUUCCAGGCCUGAGCCUGGGACACAUAGCUGGAACUUAUUAAGUACUUCACAAAGGAAUAAAUGAAUGAGGUAGAACAGGCACAGAGAGCUUACAUAUUUUACCCUAAGUCACAUAGACAGUAAUUGAUAGAGCUAAUCCUAAAACAUAAGUGGUUCAAAUACCAAGACCACACUUUUAACCUCUACAUGUAUAUCUGUUUAUGUACUUAACUGUCCUUAUUCCAAAACAGAUUUAGGAGUGUUUAUAUAAAAUUCAGCAAGCAAGCAUAAUUAUAAUUAGGUGCAUGAAAGCCAAGGAGACCAAGAAUGAGUCUAUAACAUUGAGUCUAGCUAAGAAUAUUUGGAGAUCAUCAAAACUUUCCACCUAUUCCCAUAUAUACUAACUUCAUAUUUAAUAUUUUGUAUAUAUACUUACUAACCCAUGAAAAAGUGUCUAAUGAAACUAGCAA